AAACCGUAACCAUUUAAAGAAAUUCAAUCGAUGGAUAAGCAGCAGCACCAUUCGUUGAAUAUUCCGCACCUCAUUAACCUAAAAUUCCUUCCACAAUUCGACGCCGGAAGUGCCUCUCAUGCCGCCGCCAACAAGGACCGGAGGAUGCAAGCCGUGGAGCAGCACCUUCGAGAUAUCUGCAAUGCCGAUCUCAGGGAAAACGUGCUUCACGAACUCUCCAAGAAGAGAGAUAUAUUUCAAGAUUUAGCUCCAAUUCUGUGGCAUUCCUUCGGUACUAUUGCUGCUCUUCUCCAGGAAAUUGUCUCGAUUUACCCCUAUUUAUCUCCUCAAAACCUUAGUCCUGCACAAUCAAAUAGAGUUUGCAAUGCUCUUGCUUUACUUCAGUGUGUGGCUUCACAUCCAGAAACACGAAUGCUAUUUUUAAAUGCUCAUAUUCCGCUUUACUUGUAUCCUUUUCUUAAUACAACCAGUAAAUCAAGACCAUUUGAGUAUUUGAGGCUUACAAGCUUAGGUGUCAUUGGUGCUUUGGUCAAGGUUGAUGACACUGAUGUUAUCGCUUUUCUUCUAUCUACUGAGAUCAUUCCCUUGUGCUUGCGCACUAUGGAGAUGGGAAGCGAAUUGUCAAAGACAGUGGCAACAUUUAUUGUGCAGAAGAUACUACUUGAUGAAGUGGGCUUAGAAUACAUCUGCACGACUGCCGAGCGGUUCUUUGCUGUCAGUAGAGUGUUGGCGAACAUGGUUGCUGCUCUUGCAGAGCAGCCUUCUCCCCGUCUCCUGAAACACAUAAUCAGAUGCUAUCGUCGAUUGUCGGAUAAACCUAGAGCCUGCGAAGCCCUUAGAAGUUGUCUUCCGGAUAUAUUUAGAGAUGGAGCUCUCAAGGGCUUUCUUGUUGAAGAUCCCUUGGCAGCAUUGUGGCUACAGGAAUUGAUUUACAACGUGCUUGGGACUCGGGUCGCUAUUCAAGUUGGAAGCAGCUUCGAUCAUAUGAUGAUCAAUUAAAUUAUUUACGGUCACAUUAUCCUCUCUUAAACAAGUCUUUGGGACGAACUUGCUGCUUAAUAUUUAUGCCAAUGUGGUAUCGGAAGAAACACAAAGGGUACAUGGAUUUAUAACAUCAUGUCAAUGGGCUGCAUCGGCACUCAUAAUCUUGGAUGGCGAAAAAAGCAAUGAGCUUAGGUUUGUACAGCUUUUUUAAAUUAUGUUGGUAGGAGGUUUAUUUUAUGAUAUGAGUUUGGUUCAUUUAUAAUACAAGCUUUAAAUUUUGAAACUUUUGUUCGAUGAGAAAAACAUUAGUCGAAUUUCCGUGUUUAAUAUUUAGUUUGUAACAUAUGAA